GGGCGCCGGCCGCCUUCCCAGCCUCAUUUCAUUUUCAAGGGUUGUAUUUUAUUUUAUUCCGGGGUGGGGGGGGAAUAAAUCUGGAGACCUUCACCAAAAGGAGGGGAAAAUAUCCAAUUUUCAUCGCAAAAUUAGCUAGGGCGAGAGCAAAGGGCUGAGCUAAUUGUAGCCUAAUCCUCUGCCCUGCAGGCGUUUGCAAAGCCCUGAGCAAGAAUUCGCUUUUUUUCCUCCUCUUCUCCCUUCCCUCUGUUAUUUAGAGACGGGAUUAUUGCCUUUCUUCUCAUAACAGCCUCGGCAGUUUCAUUUAAAGGCUUUUUCCCCCCCUCACGCACACACACAUACACACACACAAAAUAAAUAGAAAAAGAAUCAGAAACAAAAACACCAAAAAAACAAUCAGCGAGGGGGGACGAGAGCGGAGAGAGAGAAGCUUUAAAAAUAAUCCCCGCCGCAGCGGGCUCGGCGGCGCAGAGUGACCCCGGCCCGGCGCCCCCCGCCCGCCGCAGCCCGGGGGCUGCCACAUCUCCGCCCUGGCCAAGGAGGGAAGAAGCAUGUCCCGCCUGUCUCUAACACGGUCCCCGGUUUCUCCUCUGGCUGCUCAAGGAAUUCCUCUGCCAGCUCAGCUCACCAAGUCCAACGCUCCCGUGCACAUCGAUGUAGGAGGACACAUGUACACCAGCAGCCUGGCUACCUUGACGAAGUACCCAGACUCCAGAAUAAGUCGUCUGUUUAAUGGCACAGAGCCUAUUGUCUUGGACAGUUUAAAACAACAUUAUUUCAUUGAUCGAGAUGGUGAAAUUUUCAGAUAUAUAUUAAGCUUCUUAAGGACAUCUAAGCUACUGCUCCCAGAUGACUUUAAGGACUUUAAUCUUUUAUAUGAAGAAGCAAAGUAUUACCAGCUGCAGCCAAUGAUUAAGGAACUUGAGCGAUGGAAACAAGAGAAAGAACAAAGGAAACAUUUCCAGCCUUGUGACUGCUUGGUCGUAAGAGUGACUCCGGAUCUGGGGGAAAGAAUCGCACUGAGCGGGGAGAAAGCUUUAAUAGAAGAGAUCUUCCCGGAGACCGGGGACGUCAUGUGCAACUCCGUAAACGCCGGCUGGAACCAGGACCCUACCCACGUUAUUAGGUUUCCUUUGAACGGAUACUGCCGGUUGAAUUCAGUGCAGGUGCUCGAAAGAUUAUUUCAGAAGGGAUUUAACGUGGCAGCUUCGUGCGGCGGUGGGGUGGAUUCCUCUCAGUUCAGCGAAUACGUGCUGUGUCGCGAGGACAGACGACCACAACCUACCCCAACAAUCAGAAUAAAACAGGAGCCCCUGGACUAGACCCCCCCGUACUCCUUUGUAACCGUAGAAGUGUUUAAUAGUCCCUUAUGUGAAACACUAAGGAUUUGCAAAACAGUAUUAGCAAACAGAUUUUGACUUUAUGUUGCCGAUUAGUGGUACUCUGAAACUACCUGUCAUAUAGCCAGCCAUGAAAUGCAUUUGAAAAACCAGUUGUGCGUUUUUCACGAUGAAAUUCCCGAGCGCGCUCAGCGCUCCGGCCCCGCUGGGAACGUCCUGUGGGCCCAACCGCCGCCGUGGUGAGAAAGGCAACGCCCCGUAAACCCCCGACCCUCCAUCGGACUCUGCAGAAAGACCAAUUAAAGCAAUUUGACGAGAUCAGCAGGAGAAACAGUUCCGACGGCCGCUCCAGCGGUCCCUGAUGCUGCGACGCGUGGAAGUGGGCGCCUCCGAGAGGAAGAUGGAGCACUAAAAACUGCACUGAGCGUCUUCCCCGACUGCCGCUCUCCUUCAUAUCAGCUGUGCUUUACACCUCCGUACACGACGUCACACUGCCGUGAUCGUACUCCCUCAUGCUAGCAAAUGGCUUAUUUUUAUACAGCGUUUCCAACUGAAAUCUCUCUCUGUGGACAGAAUCCAGAAUCAGAAAAGGACCGA